AUGGGAAGAGAUGCAGAAAUUCGGUCUCGUGGUCACAGUGAAGUGAUGGAAACCAAAUCAUAUGGAUACGACGAGGCUGUUGAGUUAACCGGUCACGGUUGGUACAACUUGUACGCGCUGACGACUUGUUGCGUGAUCAUCCAUGGCGUAUCAUUGGACAUGUUCGGCUUCAGCUUAGUAGUGGCAGCCUCCAAAUGUGAUCUGCAACUGAACCUGACAGAAAUUGGUCUACUAGCGUCUGCUCCGUUUGCUGGAAUAGUAUUCGCAUUUCCAUGGGGCUACUACUCAGACACUCGCGGCAGGAAGCGGGCGCUGAUGGUGUCUGCUAUCGGUGGCUUCGUACUGUCUGCACUCAGCAGCUUCUCACCUUCCUGGCAAGUUAUGCUGGUGUUGAAGAUAUUUGGAUGCAGUUUCUCAUCGGCAUCAUACACAUUGACCAUGAUAUUUUUGGGCGAGAGUACCAUCAACCAGCACAGGAGUCGCUAUAUGUUUAUUUUGAAUGCCUUCAAUUUAGCAACGGAGUUAGUAUCUUUUGCUCUGGCUUUCCUGAUGUUACCAUUGGAUAUUAGCAUACCGAUGCCCUGGUUAGGCAUUGAUUUUCGAUCCUGGCGCCUUUUCACCUUAAUCAUGGCUGUUCCCCUUGGAAUUGGAGCCAUCAUGCUCAUAUACCUCCAAGAAAGUCCCAAAUAUUUGGCCAAUAAUGGAGAGUUUGAUGAAGCUCUGAGAGUACUCAAGAUUAUGCAUAAAGCAAAUACUGGGAAUAAGACUGAUUAUCCGGUUAAGCAGUUGUUUAUAAAAGACGUACGAAACAAUGACCGGUCGUUCUGGAGGUCUUUAGUGGAGCAGACAGUGCCUCUAUUUAAACCUCCGCUCCUCUGCACCACCAUAUUCUUGUGCUACCUGAUCGCUAUAUGCAUGAGUUCUAACAACGUAUUCUUCAUGUGGUACCCGACAAUGGUGAAUAUGUUCUUCAACUCAUUCUCCAAUGACACUAACGAUAGUUCCAGCUUUUGUGAUAGAAUCACUGGCGCCAUUUUAACCUCUGAUGUUGCAGUUGAUGCACCCUGUGACGCUACAAUAUCCGAAAACACAUUAUACUCCGGUAUGGUGUACGGACUUAUAUACAUCUCCUUAACUCUAAUAUCCGCUCAACUUGCCACCUACCGUCGGACGGUACUGGUGGUCACCCUUGUGGUAGCAGUCGUCUGUUGUAUUCUGGUGAACGCUGUGAAUCAACCAAUAGUCAAUAUGAUAGCGUUCAUUCUGCUGCAGGACACUGUUGUGGGUUUAGGAGGGGUUAUGGGGUAUUUUGUGGAUCUAUACCCGACUUCCUACAGGGGUAUGGCGAUGAACUUGGCCGUGAUGUUUGCAAGGUUAACAGCAUUGGGUGGGGUAAAUCUGGUUGGCGCGGUCAUCGUUGAAAACUGCAGUUUAACGUUUUACCUGUGGUCCUGCUUUGUGUUCAGUGGCGUGGUUGGAGCACUUGUGUUUCUACCUCCAGACAAGCGAACAAUAAAAUCUUAG